CUUUUAUUUAUUAUUUAGUUUUCGUGGUUUGACUUGGAUUCUGACUCGGGAAACAACUGAGUUAUAACUUCUAGAUCGGUGUGAAUGUCGAGUUUUCUGACGGUUUUUAUUUAGAUGUACUGGAAAAACCGACCCGGAAAGAGAUAUUCGAGGCUGGGGCAGAUUUUGGACUGAGUCGGCUCGAAGCGAGUGAAGCUUUCUAACUCAGUGAGUCGAGGAAGAUCGAGUCAGGAAGAGUCGGUUGUUUUCAGAACCGUACGGCAAUGCCGUCGGUGGGUAUGCGACGGACUACUCGGGUGUUCGGAGUGGUAAAGGGAGCCGAUGGGGCCCGCGUUCUGCGUUCGGGUCGUAGGUUAUGGCCCGAGUUCGGUGACUGGUAUCAACAACCGCUGGUCAAGAAGAGCAGUGGGAAUGGGCCUGGUGGGCUUAAAUGCAAGCCGAAUGGGUGGACGCAUGUGGAAAAAAUUAAGCUGAAGCAUGAAGAAGAAAGAGAAGAUGAAGAGACAGAUGUCACAGAGAUUAUUAAGAAUGAGAAGGAAACGAAAGUGUGCAAGAAAGUUAAAGAAGAAGAAGAAAAAGAAGCGAAAGUUAUGGACAAGAUGUUUGGUAUAGUGUAUAGGAGAAAAAGGAAGAGACUUGGUGGUAGAAGCAGUGAGCUUUCGGGUGAUAAAAUGUAUGGGAUUCGGUUUCGGCGUAGACAGAGGAGGAGGAAGUGUGAGGAGAGUGGCGUUGGUAGUGAAAGAUUGGCGGAACUUGUGAGGGAAGACGAAGAAGUUGGAGGGUUUCGUGUGUUUGGUAUCGGUUUGGAGAGUUCUUGUAUUGGUAGGAGUAGUUGGUUUGCUCGUUUUGUGAGUUUGGUUUUGAGGUACAUGGUAAAGGCAAGACUUGAAAUGCCUGAGCUUGCUUCAUUUUUGCUUUCACAGCCGAUCAACGAAGCACUCUCUACGUAUGGAAUUCGCUUUUUGUGGGAUCCUCCCAUAGGUGUUGCUGGUAUGUUCAAGCUUUUUGGGGUCAUGCAAGUCAUGCCUUCGUUUUCUCUGGAUUUUUCCGCGGUACCCUCCUGUUUUAUGUACAUUCAUUGCAGUAUGCUUAUUAGGUUAAAGCGCCUGCCACCUGUGCUUGUAAAUAAUUUAGUGUCUUUGGACUCGAAUGAUGAAAUAAUGUCCAGCAUCAGAAGCUACCAAACUUACGAGUCUUCUGAUGAAGAUGUAGACCAUGUAUGUGACACCAAAACCAUGAUGCCUGUAGUUGAUAGUACAGUGAACAGAGUGGCAUUACAUCCUUCUGUCAGAGCUUCUAAGUUAACUGGGCGAAAUGUGCAGCAUAGAAAUGCUCUGAAUUCUCGCACAAUUCAGAAAAGGAGGAGUUCGUUGAGGAGGAGGAGAGCCAGGAAUCCUUCUCUGGGUGGUGCACAUAAAGGUAGUGGAACUUUAGUUUCUGAUUUAGUUAGUAGUAGGAAAAAUGGCAUCCCCUUCUCUUCUGUGGUGUCCAAAAAUAAGCUUAGGAGUUCAAUUCGAAGUAGCCCUGCAUCAAGAUUCAAGGAAGUCAAUUGCAACAAGGACCAAACACGGCAAGACUUGGUUCCAUCUUGUUGCUCUGCAAGUAUAUUGGUUAUAGAAUCAGACAGAUGUUACAGGGUAGAAGGAGCCAGUGUCAUGUUAGAAGUGUCUUCAUCAAGAGAGUGGCUUCUUGUAGUAAAGAAAGAUGGAGUAACAAGAUAUACCCACAGAGCGCAAAAAAUGAUGAGGCCCUGUUCGUCUAACCGUGUCACCCAUGAUAUUAUAUGGACUGGGGAUGACAAUUGGAAACUAGAGUUUCCCAACAGACAAGACUGGCUAAUUUUCAAGGAUCUUUACAAGGAAUGUUCUGAUCGCAACGUUCAUGCUUCUGUAGCCAAGGUUAUCCCGGUUCCUGGGGUUUGGGUGGUGUCAGGUUACGAGGAGUGUAUUACUGUUCCUUUUUGCCGACCAGAGUCAUAUAUCUCUAUUAAUAAUGAUGAGGUAUCUAGAGCUUUGACAAGGAGGACUGCGAACUAUGACAUGGAUUCUGAAGAUGUGGAAUGGCUAAAGAAGUUCAAUAAUGAGUUUUUCACAGAAAAUGAACUUCAGAACCAUGUUUCAGAGGAUAAUUUUGAGUUAAUGGUUGAUGUCUUUGAGAAGGCGUACUUUUGUAGUCCUGAUGAUUACUCUAAUGAGGAAGCAGCAGUUAAUCUUUGCUUGGAUCUGGGUAGGAGGGAAGUAGUGCAAGCUGUGUAUAGUUACUGGGUGAAGAAACGGAAGCAGAAGCGCUCAGGACUACUUAGGGUUUUCCAGGGUCAGCAAGUGAAAAAACCUGCUUUGAUUCCAAAGCCUGCACUACGAAAGAGAAGAUCCUUCAAACGGCAGGCUAGCCAAUUGGGAAGAGGCAAACAACCUGUUCUCAUGCAAGCAAUCGUAGAGCAGCAAGAUGCCAUGGAAGAACAGAAUGCUAUGCUUAGAGUUGAGGAAGCUAAAGCCUCGGCAAAAAGAUAUGUUGAAUCAGCAGUCGGUAAACGUCAGAGGGCGCAACUGCUCAUGGACGUUGCUGAUUUGGCAACUUACAAAGCAGCAAUUGCACUUAGAAUCGCAGAAGCUGCUGAAGUUGCAGAAUCAGCAGAGGCUGCAGCUGCUCAUUUUUUAGAUGGAGAGGCAUAGCUAUUGACACUUCUGAUGCUAUUAUUGAUUGCUGAUUGCUGAAGUUGAUCCACAGCCUCAACAUGGCUGUUUUUGAAGCCUUUGGAGGACAACCUAUGAAGAGGAAACAAAGUACUGUAAUCAUGUAUAGAUUUUUGAUUGAUUGAUGUACAUUCUGUAUUAUUAUUAUAGCCUCACACCAAAUAUUUUACAAGGGGAUUUGGUUUAUUUCCUUGAAAAAAAAUGGCGAAAAAAAAAGAAGAAAAUUAUAACCAAAAAAAAAAAAAAAAAGGGUUUCUAGCUUCUGCUUGGUUGAGAUAGAUUCCUUGUGUACAUAUUUUAAGCUAGAGUGACCCAUAAUUUUCUUCCUGUACAUUCUUUUAGUGUAAGAGUGAUUUAUAGUUUUCUUAGCGCUUUGGAAUAGACAGAAGAAAUCAGGCUGUAAAUGACAAAAUUCGGAGUUCUGCAAUAGAUGAAGGUACAGUAUUUUAUA